AUGUUUAGAUUAUUAACAAGGACAACAAAUCAAUGUAUCAACAUCAACAAGAAUAACAUUAUUACAAAUAGUAAUGCUAGUUGUAUAACAACAACAACGACAACAUUAAGUGCAAGAGGAAUUAGAGGAGGACAAGUUAAAACAAUUACAACAUCAACACCCAUCACAAAAGAAACGACAUCAUUAUCAAGUUUAGCAACCAAUUACUUUUCAAGAUUCUAUAAUAAUGCAAGUAAUAAUAAUGCUUCAAGUGUAGAUCAGCAGCAGACACUUACCUCUGGAGAUUAUACAGUAUCAGAACCAUUAUUAAAUAAUGAACUAUCGUCAUCGUCGAAUAUUUAUAAUAAUUCAUCAUUAUAUAAUACUGCUGAUAAUAUUGGAUUAUUUGGUAUUAAAGAAUUAAAGACACCCACUGGAUGGUUGGAUUUAUACGAUCGAUGUCAUGAACGAGGUAGAGAGAUAUUGGAUCGAUUGAAUCAUACCAAAGUCACUGACAAGGACAAUCUACAACAUUUGUCAGAGACUUGUUAUUUGAUUGAUGGAUUGUCACAGACUAUUUGUGAAUUGAUGGAUCCAGCCGAACUGUGUCGUAAUGUGAUGUAUGGAACUAAACAUGGUGAUGCAGCUGACGAAGUAUUCAACAAGAUGUCAUUGUUUGUACAUGAACUCAACUCUAAUCAAUCAAUGUAUGACUUGUUUAAAGCCAUCUAUCAACACCCGGAACAUCGUAACUUGCCACCUGCACAUCGAGUGUUUGUGUCUGAUAUGAUGAACGAAUCAGAGAUUAAUGGUAUUCAUCUACCCGAUGAAUGCAGAAAACAAGUGAUAGAUCUCAAAAACAUGAUUGCCUUUCACGGACAAAGUUAUCUUCAAGAGUCUUCAAAACUGCAAAAAAAUCAAUUACCCAUUCACAACUCUCACUAUGUCUAUGUCGAUAAAAACACACUUAAAAACUUACCUGCAGAGUAUAAAACACAUCUAAAGAGACGAUACAAUGAUAUUCGUCUUGAUAGUUCUCCUUUUACUCUAUCAGGUGUUAUGACCCAUGUUGAUGAUCCUUGUAUUAGAAAACAAGUUUAUCAAAAUAAUAUUGAUUAUCAUUUAGAAUCAUUUAUUAAUUUAAGAGAUCAAUUGGCAAAGAAAUUAAAGUAUCCAAGUUAUUCAGCUUAUCAUUUAUCUUCAAAAUUAAUUGAAUCUCCUGAAAAGGCUACAAAUUUUUUAAAUAAUUUAUCAAAAGAAACUGAAGAACAAUCAGAUAUGGAAUUAAAUUUAUUACAAUCAUAUAAAUGUAAAAUGGAAUAUACAGGUGAUCCAAUUUAUCAAUGGGAUUAUCAAUACUAUACAAACUUGAUUAAAAACAUUCAAUCUCAAGAGAAAUGUAUACCAACUUCGACGGAAUUGGCAGAAUAUUUCACAUUGGAAAAUGUGGUGGAAGGAUUCAAUACGAUUGUACAACGACUGUUUGGUCUUAGAUUGGCAGAGGUACCAAUGUCAAAUGGUGAAUCUUGGCAUCCAGAAGUCAUUAAAUUGGGUUUGUUUAGCAAGACUGAAGGUGAAUUGGGACAUUUCUAUUUGGAUCCAUGGUAUCGUCCCGACAAGUUGACUACUGGUGCAGCCAACUUUGUUCUUCAUCUUGGAUAUCGUCGUGCCAAUUUCAAUCAACUAACCUAUGAAAUCCCAUUAAUGCAAGAUUACCAUUCACCAUUGGUAGCUAUUAUUUGCUCGUUUUUAAAGGUCAAUCAACCAUCACCAACACCAGGCGUCGUUUACAAUCAUCGAAAAUCGCAACUUGGUCUGGCAGAUGUUCAAGUAUUGUUUCAUGAAUUUGGUCAUUGUAUACAUAGUCUAUUGUCACGUACCGAUUUCCAACAUCUAGCAGGUACAAGAGGACCAACCGAUUUUGCCGAGAUCCCCUCCACACUAAUGGAAAAUUUUGUAACAGAUUAUCGUAUCCUCUCUACUUUUGCUCAUCAUCAUCAAUCUGGUCGUCCCAUUUCAGAAUCUAUAGUAAAUUCCUAUAAUGAACGUUCAAAUUUAUUUAAAGCUAUUGAAACUCAAAAUCAAAUAACAAUGGCAAUGCUAGAUUUAACAUUACAUGGUAAACAUCCAUUAAAUCAAAAAGCAGGAGAUAUAUUAUCAGAAUUGAAUGUUAAAUAUUCGAAAAUACCUGGAGCGAUAGGACAACCAUUUGUACAAAACUUCUCACAUCUCUAUUAUUAUGGAUCUUGUUACUAUAGUUAUCUACUGUCAACUCAUUAUAGCAAGAGAAUUUGGAAACAAUUCUUUGGUGCAGGCGGUGAUGUUUAA